AUGGAUUUGAGAAGUCGCUAUACGAACCGCGAAUUACGGCCUUUUUAUGCUGGAAGUGGUGCCAUCGCUUCUGUAUCAGAAGACGGCCAACUCUUGGCAACUUCAGUCGUAGAUGAGGUGAUCAUCACGGAGCUUGGAACUACAAAACGCAUCUUGCACAAAAUCGAAAAUGAUGACGAACAAGAAAUAACAGCUUUGAAGCUUACCCCCGAUGGCAAAUUCCUGGCUUUUAUGUCGCAAGCUCAACUGCUGCGCGUUUACGAUUUAAGCGCGAAGAGAAUUACCAGAUCUAUGAAAAUUUCGUCUCCAGUUUACGUGAUGGACUGCGACAGUAGCUCUACUUUGAUGGCCCUUGGUGGUACUGACGGUAGUGUUACCGUGGUAGACGUCGAAAACGGUUAUGUGACACACUCUUUCAAAGGGCACGGAGGAACCAUCUCCAGCGUGAAGUUCUACGGCGAGCUCAACAGCACUACCUGGAGAUUGGCAUCUGGUGAUACCAACGGUAUGGUGAAAGUCUGGGACCUGGUUCGCAGAAACUGUCUGUACACCAUCCAAGAGCAUGCAGCUGCUGUUAGAGGACUUGAUCUCAGACUCUCUAAUUCGGCUGACCAAAACUCUCUCGAACUGUUAUCGGGAGGUAGGGAUGACAUUGUCAACUUGCAUCAACUAGGGCCGGGCAAAAAGGUGAAGCUUCUUAAAACCAUCCCUGUGAGCCAGCAGAUCGAGGCCUGUGGGUUCAUUCAGGUAUCAGAAAAUAACGAUUCGAUUUACACAGCUGGUGGUGAAGCAGUAUUCCAAAUAAUUUCGCUGGACUCAGGAAAUGUCAUUAAGAAAACGGAAAAACCAAUAGAGGAGCUUUUCAUAAUAGGUGUCCUGCCAAUUCUACAAGCCAGCAAAGUGUAUCUGGUUCUAUCCGAUCAAACGCUGUUUUUGGCUGACCUUGAAGCCUCUUUCGAAGCUUCUGGAGAAAACAUCGUAAUUAAAAGUAAGAUCGCCGGUAAUCACGGAACUGUAGCUGACAUGAGGUUUGUGGGACCUGAAUUGAAUCUGCUGGCCUUGGCUACCAACUCUCCGGGCCUCAGAAUUGUCCCCACUGCUGGCUUUCUAUCUCAGAAAAAAGAUCUCGCAGGAGACCUCGAUAACCUCAAAGACAGCGAGGGAAAAGAUGAUGAUAGCACGAGUCUCCCACUAGAAGUCGAAGUUCUCGAGGGACACACCGACCUACUCAACGCAGUCGACUCCACGGAAGAUGGAACAUGGCUAGCCAGUUGUUCUAAAGAUAACACCGCCAUUCUAUGGAGGUUUGACGCUCAUUUGGAUACCUUCGAAAUGUACGCCAAGUUCACAGGACACGCGGGGCCCGUGACAGCCGUUGGGCUGCCCAAUGUUCUGCGUGGUGAUUGGCCAGCAUUCAUAAUUACUGCAUCGAAUGAUCUGACAAUCAAGAAAUGGGCAGUUCCAAAGCCUACAGGCAAGAACGAAGGCGUGCACAUCGUCAAAGCGUCAGAAUACACGCGAAGGGCUCACGAAAAAGAUAUCAAUGCAUUGUCCAUUUCGCCCAACGAUUCCAUCUUCGCAACGGCCUCCUAUGAUAAAACUUGCAAAGUAUGGAACGUGGACACUGGAGAACUAGAGGGAACAUUGGCCGGUCACAAGCGUGGUCUCUGGGACGUUUCCUUUUGCCAAUACGACAAGCUUUUGGCUACAGCUUCGGGUGAUAAGACGGUUAAAAUCUGGUCACUGGAAACCUUUUCGGUGCAGAAGACGCUCGAGGGUCACACUAAUGCUGUUCAAAAGUGUUCAUUCAUUAACAAGAACAAACAAGUUGUAACGACCGGGGCUGAUGGACUGAUCAAGUUAUGGGACCUUUCCAGCGGGGAGUGUCUCCGUACUUUGGAUGCUCAUGACAAUAGAAUCUGGGCGCUCAGCGUGCUACAAGACGGUGAAGAGUUCGCGACCGCUGACGCUGACGGUUUGUUCCAAUUCUGGAGGGACAACAGUGAAGAAGAGGCAAAACAAAAUUUGGAAGACGAGAAAUUGAGAAUUACUCAGGAACAAUCAUUGCAGAAUUAUCUUUCCAAAGGAGACUGGACGAAUGCGUUUUUAUUGGCCAUGACUUUGGAUCACCCUAUGCGUCUGUACCGAGUGUUAGACAGCAGUUCGCAUGCUGGCGAUGAAAACUCGAGCCAUGUGUUCAACGAAGAGCUUGAUACUGUCAUUGGUUCUCUAGAAGAUGAACAAGUGCUCAACUUACUCAAACGGAGCAGGGAUUGGAACACCAAUGCAACCACGCAUUCCGUGGCUCAAAAAGUCAUACGUUGCAUCUUGAUGCGUCACAAUAUCGCUGCACUCAGCGACAUACCAGGCAUAAUGAACAUUAUUGACGCCAUCAUACCAUACACAGAAAGGCAUUUUGCUCGAGUAGAUGAUCUAGUCGAGCAGAGCUACAUCCUGGACUACUCGUUGGUAGAAAUGGAUAAGCUCAUGUAG